AACGCAUGACGAAUGCAUACUAUUGAUGAAAUAAAAACCAUUUAAAUGGCCAACUCGUAGAUAAUAUUAGAUGUUUACAGGAAAGUAAAAUAAAUCUUGUAAAAAACGUACAUUUGCGUCAUCAACGAAAAUCGUUUAUCGUUCUAAAGACAUACCUGCGACUUAAGGGCGAAUUGUAUACAAAGAGUAAAAAGCAUAGGACAGAGAGAAUUCCUUUGUCCUUUGAAGCAGUGCGGAAGAGAAAGAAAGAACAAGGAGAACAGCUGAAAGAGAAGAAGAGAGAAAAAGAGAGAGUGAACUGAACGGAGCAACACGCGGUCGAGUUUCUAUCUUGGAGUGUACCUGCCGCAAGAACAGGACAAGGACGGCGAGUGAACCGAGAAAGAGAGAAAGAGAGAGGAAGAGAGAGACGCUUUACACGCCGGUGAACGGUCGUCGUUGUCGUUGCUAGCGGCAAAGGGCAACAACCACGCUGCGGCUGAAGUUUCUACCUCCUUUUACUCAAGGCCAGGGCAUCGCGGCCCACGCGGUCCUUUGUAAGCUUCGUCAAGGCCCGGAUCAGACGUGCCGGAGUGACGGCUAUCGUGCGCGAAAUGCUCCGAAAUUGGCGAAGGUAGAACAGACCGUGUGAGGAUUGUAUCUCGACAGAUCGAGAGAAAGAAAGGAAGAACGUGAAGGAUAGUGAAAAGUGUUUUUAUUUUUCCUGUGAUCAUGCAGAGACAGAGGCUACUACCGGACGCCAUGACAACGAUGGUUAGGGCAGCUGUUCUCGCAGCUGUCCUGGGGCAACUUUUGAGUCCCAGCAUGGCCAGCAGGCCCGCCGGUGCCCAUCCCGGACACGCAUAUUUCGAGCAACCGUGCUGCGGUCGUUCUCACCUCAGGCAUCACAAAGAACACGUGCGAGAAUUCAGCUGCGGCAUGCUGUACUACAGAACGCUCUACCUGGACAGUAAGAGGGAUGCCCUAUACGUCGGAGCUAUGGACAAGAUCUUCAGGCUAAAUCUGAGUAACAUCAGUCAUUCCAAUUGCGAGAGAGACGCUCUGAAUCUGGAACCGAGCAAUGUGGCAAAUUGCGUGUCCAAAGGCAAAUCAGAGCAUUUCGACUGCCGAAAUCAUAUAAGAGUGAUACAGCCGAUGGGAGACGGCAAUCGCCUUUACAUGUGCGGUACGAAUGCACAUUCACCUAAGGAUUGGGUGAUUUAUAGCAAUCUGACUCACUUACCGCGCCACGAGUUUGUCCCGGGAGUAGGAAUGGGUAUCGCGAAGUGUCCUUAUGACCCUGCGGACAAUUCGACGGCAGUCUGGGUCGAGAAGGGCAAUCCCGGAGACCUGCCAGCUCUUUAUUCCGGCACGAACGCUGAGUUCACCAAAGCCGAUACUGUAAUCUUCCGCACGGAUCUCUACAAUCUGACUACCGGUCGUAAGACGUAUAGCUUCAAGAGGACACUCAAGUACGACUCCAAAUGGCUCGAUAAACCGAACUUUGUGGGCUCGUUCGACAUUGGCAGCCACGUGUUCUUCUUUUUCCGCGAGACCGCGGUCGAAUACAUAAACUGCGGUAAAAGUGUGUAUUCCCGCGUGGCGAGAGUUUGCAAGAGGGACACUGGCGGUAAAAAUAUACUUUCGCAGAAUUGGGCCACAUACCUCAAGGCCAGAUUGAAUUGCUCGAUACCCGGCGAAUUCCCGUUUUAUUUCAACGAAAUACAGAGUAUUUAUAAGGUGCCGGGUGACGAUACGCAUUUCUAUGGUACCUUUACCACAUCGACGAACGGGUUAAUGGGUUCUGCGAUAUGUUCCUUCCACAUUGACGCCAUCCAAGAGGCUUUCCGAGGAAAGUUCAAAGAACAAGCAACUAGCAGUAGCGCGUGGCUACCAGUCUUGUCCAACAAGGUUCCGGAACCGCGCCCGGGCCAAUGUGUUAACGACACAGAGACGUUGCCGGACACCGUCCUGAAUUUCAUAAGAUCCCAUCCACUGAUGGACUCCGCGAUUUCACAUGAAAACGAGAAACCGGUCUUCUACAAGCGGGACGUCAUGCUCACGCGAUUAGUCGUCGAUAAGCUGCGCAUCGACUUCGUGGGCAUCGAUUUGGAUUAUACCGUCUACUACGCUGGCUCUAGUGAUGGCCGCGUUCACAAGGUUGUACAGUGGAUCGACAGUAAUGGCGAAUCUCAAUCGAUCUUGUUGGAUGUUUUCGAUGUCACGCCUGGCGAGCCGAUACAGGCGAUGGAGAUCUCGAAAGAACAUAAGGCUCUCUACGUGGCAUCGGAUCAUCGGAUAAAGCAGAUCGAUCUGGUAAUGUGCACUCGACGAUACGACAACUGCUUGCGGUGCGUCCAUGAUCCUUACUGUGGAUGGGAUAAAGACUCAAACACGUGUAAACCUUACGAACCAGGUCUUCUUCAAGACGUGUCGAACACCACGGCAGACGUUUGCGACAGCAGCGUCGGCAAACGGAAACUAGUUGUCACAUGGGGCCAGUCGGUGCAUCUGGGUUGCUUCGUGAAGAUGCCGGAGGUCCUGGCGAACCAAGAAGUGCGGUGGUACCAUUACAGCAAAGAGAAGGGAAGGUAUCAGAUCGCGUACAAGUAUGGUGCCGGCGGCGACAAAUUCAUCGAGACCUCGGAGAAGGGUCUGGUAAUCGUCGGCGUGAACGAGCAGGACGCCGGCAGAUACGACUGUUGGCUCGGCGGUGCUCUCCUGUGUUCGUACAACAUUACUGUGGACGCGCACAGAUGUUCGGCGCCUGCCAAGUCCAACGACUACCAGAAGAUUUAUUCCGACUGGUGUCACGAGUUCGAGAAGUACAAGUCGGCGAUGAAGAGCUGGGAAAGGAAGCAAGCGCAAUGCGCCUCGAGGCAGAACGACAGCAAUCAGAAUUUACACACGAACGAGGUGUACGGCACGCCCCUCGUCUGAUGGAGCCGAUCAUUGGGUCCCUCGUCGAGCCGAGAUUACGAUGAUACGAUGAUACGCAUAAGCGUCCCGCCAAGGAAUCGCGGCUGGACCACGACCGGUUGGAUCGGCCUGGCCUUCUUGUUGGCCGGUCACGCCACCGCGCUUGGCCCGCUGGUCACUUGAGGAUUCUUAAGUGACUAAAAUCGGUCCGCGAUUCGC